AUGCCUAAAGAUUGGGCGAUUGGAUGCUCAGAUAGUGGAUGGAUGACAGCAGAAACGUUUUUUGAGUAUGUUACUAAUGUAUUUCAUCCUUGGUUAGUAACAAAUAACAUCAAAUUCCCAGUCAUUUUGUAUCUGGACGGCCACGCUUCUCAUCUGUCAUACCCACUCACAAAAUUCUGCCGUGAAAAUAAAAUAGAAUUAAUCGCUUUAUACCCCAAUGCAACGCAUAUUCUUCAACCGAUGGAUGUCGCCAUGUUUCGUCCUUUGAAAGCUGCUUGGAGCCAUGAGGUUCGAGACUGGAGAAUGGAGCAUAAUGGAGAAUCUCUAAAACGUGAAAACUUUGCUCCUCUUCUCGACAAAUCUUUGAAUACGCUGAAUACUAGUGAAAUAUUAAAAAAUGGUUUUAAAUCAACUGGUUUACAACCUUUUUGUCCUGAUGCGAUAAAUUAUAAAAAAUAUUUUGAGUCAUCUGAAAUAGAUAAGACUGCUGAAACGGUGUCUUCAAUUGAUUCCUCUAAAAUUAUUGAUAAUUUGACAUUCAUAGAAAAUAAUAUCGACGAUAAUUUGCUAGAGGAAUUUAGGAGUCAAGAAAAAUUUGCUUAUUGGAAAGGUAAUCAAGAGCAUGCCAGUUUAUUUUUGUUUUGGCAAAAAAUAAAAAAAUUGUCAUCAUCUCAUCUUCCUACGACUAUAAGCAGUGUACAAUUAAGCGAUAAUGAAGAACAUCAGGAUAACAUACAAAUGGAAGAAAAAGAGUUAGAGGGUGAAGAGACAGAAGAAAAUAAUCAUAAAUUUAUUUUAGACGCACAGCCAUCUAAAGAAGUUAUAAUUUUUGCAGUAGAUGAUGAUGGAAAUUUAGUCUCUGUCGAUGAUAAUAGAAUGGAUACUGAUUAUAACAGUCAGGAUGAAGAACAAGCAAGUUCGCAAGUUCAGAUUUUGUCUGAGAAUGAACUUGAAAAACAAGAAUUCUAA